GGAGGAGGAGCGGGGUCGGCGGCCGCCCGCCCGCCCCGUCGCAGCGCCCCGCAGCUGCCCGCGGGGGAGGCCAAGAUGGCAGAGGCGUCGCCCCCCGCCCCGCUUUCGCCCCUGGACGUGGAGCUGGACCCCGAGUUCGAGCCGCAGAGCCGCCCCCGCUCCUGCACCUGGCCCCUGCAGAGGCCCGAGCUGCAGGCCAGCCCAGCCAAGCCUGCCGGCGAGUCGACCGCCGACGCCGCCUCCAUGAUCCCCGAGGAGGAGGACGACGAGGAGGAGGGGGCCGGCUCGGCCAUGACCGUCGGCAGCGCGGCCCCCGCGGGCGGAGAAGCGGCGGCGGCGGCGGCGACCACCGCCGUGCCGGAGGAGGCGGCGCGGCUGCUGGCCCCNCCCCGCGGCCUCUCGCCGGGGGGAGCGGCGGCGGCGGCGGCAGGCGGCGGGGGGCUGAGCGGGGGCCCGGCGGCGGCGCCGAGGAAGUGCUCGUCGCGGCGCAACGCGUGGGGCAACCUCUCCUACGCCGACCUCAUCACCCGCGCCAUCGAGAGCUCCCCGGAGAAGCGCCUCACUCUCUCCCAGAUCUACGACUGGAUGGUCCGCUGCGUGCCCUACUUCAAGGACAAGGGCGACAGCAACAGCUCGGCCGGGUGGAAGAAUUCCAUCCGGCACAACUUGUCACUCCACAGCCGAUUCGUCAGGGUGCAGAAUGAAGGCACCGGGAAAAGCUCUUGGUGGAUGAUCAAUCCAGAUGGUGGAAAAGGCGGCAAGGCGCCCCGGAGACGCGCUGUGUCAAUGGACAACAGCAACAAGUACACCAAGAGCAGGGGGCGGGCAGCAAAGAAAAAGGCAGCCCUGCAGACAGCCCAGGAGACGAGUGAGGACAGCCCUUCCCAGCUCUCCAAGUGGCCAGGGAGUCCCACCUCCCGCAGCAGUGACGAGCUGGAUGCAUGGACAGAUUUUCGCUCCCGUACAAAUUCAAAUGCCAGUACAAUCAGUGGCCGCUUGUCACCAAUUUUGGCAAGCACAGAGCUCGAUGAUGUUCAAGAUGACGAUGCUCCACUCUCUCCCAUGCUGUACAGUAGUCCAUCGAGCUUGUCCCCGUCGGUAAACAAACCAUGUACUGUGGAGUUGCCUAGGUUGACUGAUAUGGCUGGGACAAUGAACUUGAAUGAUGGACUGACUGAUAACCUCAUGGAUGAUCUCUUGGACAAUAUAACACUCCCUCCCUCCCAGCAGUCACCCACAGGAGGGAUGAUGCAGAGAAGCUCCAGUUUUCCUUAUGGUUCCAAAGGUUCAGGGCUGGGCUCCCCAUCAAGCAGUUUCAACAACGCUGUGUUUGGGCCGUCGUCCCUGAAUUCCCUCCGCCAGUCACCCAUGCAGACAAUUCAGGAGAACAAGCAGGCCACCUUCUCUUCCAUUUCUCAUUACAACAACCAGACGCUGCAGGAUCUCCUCACCUCUGACGCACUUAGUCACAGCGAUGUCAUGAUGACACAGUCUGACCCACUCAUGUCACAAGCCAGCACAGCUGUGUCCGCCCAGAAUUCCCGCAGGAAUAUAAUGCUCCGCAACGACCCCAUGAUGUCGUUUGCUGCUCAGUCCAGCCAGGGCGGUCUGGUCAAUCAGAACCUGUCCCAUCACCAGCACCAGUCCCACAACUCCUCUCUCAGUGGCAGCCGUGCCUUGUCCAGUUCCAUCAGUAACAUAGGCUUGAGUGACUCCAACAGCUUGGGAUCCACCAAACAUCAGCAGUCACCUGUCAAUCAGUCUAUGCAAACACUUUCUGACCCGCUGUCAGGCUCCUCUUUGUACUCUAGCGUGAACCUCCCUGUCAUGGGACAUGAGAAAUUCCCGAGUGACUUGGACCUGGACAUUUUCAACGGGAGCCUGGAGUGUGACAUGGAGUCCAUUAUCCGCAGUGAACUCAUGGAUGCCGAUGGGCUGGAUUUUAACUUUGAUUCCCUCAUCUCAGCUCAGAACGUUGUCAGUCUGAAUGUGGGGAACUUCACUGGUGCUAAACAGGCUUCAUCACAGAGUUGGGUACCAGGCUGAAGGAUCUUUGAGAACAGGGAAAACGGGCAAACAGGCCCUCAAACUGACACGAGAUGUAGAGAGAGAACCCUUUGCCAAAUCUGCUGUCAGCAAGUGGACAGUGAUACUGUUUACAGCUUACGACCUUUGUGAACCCUGCAUUAUUUUCCUAAUGAAGCAGACUGUUAAUAGGCCCCUUACUGGAGUGAAGAACCUACUUUUUUUUCCCCUCUUUUUCUUUUUUUUUUCUUGUUUUGUUGAAAAUUGAACUCAUUCUGAAGUAUGCAGAAUCUUCCUUUCCUGGGAUGGCCAAGCACCUGCUGUGGAGACAAUGUUCAGCACCAUCCUGUUGAGAACACAUUGUGUAGCCUUUACACUAGUUACUUGUCAAUGAGUAUGUGGUGUUUCAAUAUAUUAAUGGUUUAUGGGAUGUUUUAAGUUGGCUUUUCUCUUUGGAGGUUUUUCCUAUCUUCCCGCCCUCCCCCCUACAGCCACCAGUUUGAUUUCAGUAGCUUUUUAAUCAUUUUUGCUUUCUCUCCCUGGGGAAUCUGAGGCACUGUGCACAUGCAUGGAAGUGACCGUAACCCAGCACUGCUCAGGUGUCAGGGUUUUCUGAAGAUACAGCAUUAGUUACUCCUGUCACCCGGCUGGAUUCCAGAGAGGGGAUGUGUGUGACCUGUUUGUUUGUUGGGUUGGUUGGUUGGUUGAUUUCUUUCUUACUCUUUCUUUAAGUUUAAUGGUACACCCCUGUUUUCCAUAAGGGUCAACCCAGAGCUGGUUGCACACCAAGGGAAGCUGGUGAGUUUGCCUCUUGGCUCAUGAGGAUGGACUGACAGCAGAUGCCAUCGCCCUCGCAUGCACUGAGGCAGGAGCCCCUUUCCUGCCUGCUGGAGCAGGUUCCCCUCCUGCCUUAUGUUAGCAAAGCUGCCCUCACUGCCACAAUGAGCUGGUGAGGAGCUAUAGGCUGAGCUUCCACACAAGGUGGACAUAGUCACCUGUAGAGAUGUGUUUGAAAACACAGAAAUUAAAGGAAAUGUAGCGGCUGGGCAUCGGCAGGUGACUCGCAGUGACAAUGCCAGGAGCUGAGGCACAGAUCACUGCAGAGUGUGUUAUGGCGUUAGUGAUCCUGUUUAUUUUUGUUGUUGUUGUUUUGGACAUAUCCUUGAUUAUUUUUUCCUUCUCAUUAUGUAUAAUCCAUUGUGGCAGAAGAAGCAGGAGUGGGAAUGGCAAGGUGACAGUAUCAUACAAAUGGCUUUUCAUAUGAGCAUAGAUUGUAGCAGGAUAAAUGACACUGAAAGACAAGGCAGUUUUAUAUAUUUUGCUUCUAAGAUUUUCUUUUGUAAAAUGAAUAAUAAUUAAUAAUAAUAAUGAAUAAAAUGUAUGGUGCUGUAUAGAUCCUCUCUA